AUGGCCCCAUCUUGCCCAUCCAGUAGCGACAAGGGCCAAGUCGAUAACUUCGAAGAUGCGGAGAUGGAUGAAGCGGCCGCUAAAAAGCUAUUGAGAAAGAUUGACUGGAAGCUCAUGCCAGUUAUGUGUUUCACCUACGCCCUCCAAUACUAUGACAAGGCUAUCCUGAGCCAGGCAGCGAUCUUCGGCUUACGAGAGGAUCUGAAGAUUGAGGACGGUCUCAAGUACUCGUGGGUGUCUCUCAUCUUCUAUUUCGGAUACCUUGUCGGAACGUAUCCCAUCUCGCUUCUCGCCCAAAGAUUCCGUACCCGAGUGGUCUGUUCCGUGAUUUGUGUUUUAUGGGCCGUCAUAAUCCUCUGCACUCCGGCUUGCAAAACAUACGCCGGCCUGUUAGUGAACAGGUUCUUUCUUGGACUUGUCGAGGCCGGUGUAUCGCCCAUCUGCAUGCUGGUGGUAGGGCUUUGGUACACGCAUUCUGAGCAAGUCCUCCGAUCAAGCUUUUGGUACUCAUGCAGCGGUGGCUCACUGCUUGUUUCCCCGUUGAUCAACUAUGGUCUUGGUCAUAUUAAGGGUGGUACUCUGCGUCCAUGGCAGUAUAUGUACCUGAUUGCCGGGGCUGCAACCUUAGUAUGGGGGGUUGCUCUAUGGUGGCUGUUCCCGGACAGUCCUGAGGAAUCCCCGGGUUUUACCGACCAAGAGCGUCAGCUACUCUUGGAGCGCAUCAGGUCUAACAACUCGAGUGGGGAGAACCGAGAGUUCAAGUCCUAUCAAUUGAAGGAGGCCAUGAUGGACUACCAACUGUGGGCGAUUCUUGUGCUUUCCAUCGCCUCAACCACGGGCUCUGGGGCAGUGACAACCUUUGGCUCGAUCAUAUUCCAUGAUAUGGGCUUCGACACCUUCACAUCACUGUUGAUGAAUCUACCCGUCGGUGCCUUGGCUUUUAUCUGUAUUCUUGGGUCCGGGUUUUUGGGCAGGAAAUUCGCAGGUUCUCGACUGUAUAUCAUUGCCGGCUCCUGCUUACCGGUCAUCCUUGGCUGCGCUUUGCUGUGGCAACUCCCAGACUCGAUGCUAGCAGGGCGUAUUGUCGGGUUCUAUCUCAUCAAUUUCUUUUCCUCCGCGUGGACUCAGUGCAUCGGUCUAGGAACGUCAAAUGUGGCUGGUCACACAAAGAAAGCCGUUUACGCCGCAAGUACAUUCGUGGGUUACUCUAUUGGGAAUAUAAUAGGACCAUUGAUGUUCGAUGCAAAAUACUCCCCACGGUAUAAUCAAAGCUUUACGGGUCUCAUGGUGUGCUUUGCGAUCUGUUUCUGUGCCUCGUUCGCCCUCCGUUGGGCCCUUGCCGCCGAAAACCGCUCCCGAGAAACGGAUACUAGCACUCAGACCUCGUUCGAGAGCUCGGAUUUGACAGAUAAAGAGAAUCAACGCUUCCGAUACAACCUUUAG